AUGCCGAGCUCUCAAAUUUCCUUGGACCGAGCAUACCUUACUGCAAUUUGGCUUGAGACGCUAUUCUAUGGGAUUAACUUGUUGCUGUUCUUCUCGUACCUCUUCAUUGUACGGUACAAGAGAAGAAUUUCUCUAAGUAAAAUCAUCGUUGGCGUUGCGGUCAUGAUGUUCCUCUUUUCCACCGUCCACGUCUCUUUAGGAUUCUAUCGGUUGAUAGAAGGAUUCAUCGUUUUGAAAGAUCCCAUAGUGUUUUUUUCUGAUGUUUCCAUUCCUGCGAAUGUCGCAAAGGUAACGAUACACACUGUCAAUUCAAUCCUUGGGGACAGUAUCAUGGUGUGGAGAUGCUAUAACGUCUGGGGGCAAAGCUGGUUGCCGUCCAUCCUUCCAAUCCUUUUGAUAAUUGCUUCCGCAGUUUGCGGUUUUGGCCAAGCGGUCAUAUUCGCGGAAGCACGGACUACGCAUAGCGCGUUUGGAUCUAACCUGGAGAGAUGGAAUGGAUCGUUAUUCUCUCUAUCGCUCGCGACAAACGUCGUUGUUACUUCUUUGAUUGCUUCCCGAAUCUGGUGGGUAAGCCGCCAAAAUAGUUCUCUUCAUGAUUCGAGCUUCAAAUAUCGACGAGUCCUACUUCUUGUCAUCGAGUCCGGUGCUAUUUAUUCUUCAGCUCUGGUCAUUGAAAUCACUCUUUAUUUCUUGAACAACAACGCGUUCUACAUCAUCUAUGAUCCUAUUGCUCAACUUACUGCGAGUGUUCCAAUUCCUUUACGCCUCGUCUGCAACUUAAAAUUUUCAUCCUACACUGCAGGCAAUCGUACCUACCAUGAUCAUCGUCAUGACGAGUCUUGA